AUGACACAAAUGGAAAUCCAAAAGAUUAUCAGCAAUUAUGCAAGAGACAGUGAUCCCCGAGUUCGCAAAAGUGCACUGGAUGCAUUGGUACAGAUGCAUCUUCGAGGUUGCCCUUUAGAUUUAGCGAUUUACAAUCUGUCCGUAUCUUCUUUACGCGAUGAUUAUGAGGAAGUACGUAUGGGCGGACUGAAUUUAAUGGGCGUUCUUAGCUCUCUGUAUCCCGAGCAUCGCAUGAAACUCGCACAUGAGGAAGUCGACGAAACCACACGAUUAAUCGAUGAUGCGUUCAACAAGGUAUGUGAUCUUGUCAACGAUUCCGCCAUUACCGUUCGCACCAAGGCCUGUGUCAUGAUGGCUUCCUACCAGAACGUUGGAUCAGAUACUUUGAACCAAACAUUUAGUAAACAAAUCAUGUCGCAUCUUAAACGAAAGAUCCCCAAAUACAAAAUGCAGCAAAAGAAAUAUGCAAAAUCUGCUUUGCCUAUUGCCGAAGGCGAUAUCGAUGUGCAGUCUAACGAAUUUCACUUGCUGGAUUCGGGUGCUUGUGGUUCGUUUAUUCAUGGUUUGGAAGAUGAGUUCCAAGAAGUUAGAAAUGCUUCCAUUGAUUCAAUUUGUGAGUUGAGUAUGUACAAUGAAGAACUUACAAAAAAAGCAGUCGAAUUUCUUGUGGAUAUGUUUAAUGAUGACAUUGAUAAGAUUCGAUUGAAUGCCAUUCAAAGUUUACGUAAAAUUGGUACUCGAUGUACACUUGAAUUCGACGAAGAACAACUCGAAAUUGCUGUGGGUGCUUUAGAAGAUAGUGACCCUUUAGCAAGACAGGCUACGCAUGAUUUGUUUACUGUUGUACGAUUAACAAAUCCUGUUUCGUUGAACACCUUGUUAAAUGCAUUGGAUGCAAACAUGAAGCGAUAUCCCAUGGACAUUUUGUCGAUUUAUUCAUGCAUUCGUCACAUCGGAAAAAGACACGAGGAUUAUAUCGAAGAUUUGGUACCUACUUUAUUGAAACUUGAUAAACGGUAUCUACCUAAAGAAGCCAAUGUCGAAGACCAACUAUAUACUGCCUAUGUUAUUCUGAUUGUAAAUGCAUGCGUGACAAAUCCUAAGAUGCUUAACAGUUUACCAAAAUACAUUUUUCGACAUUUUGCUUAUUUCAAGAGCAAAUAUCCAGAUUGCAUACCGGAUUUACGAAAACUUUACAAAUAUGCAGAUAUUAAACUAGAAGGCGAUGUUGAUUGUUUACCCAUGACAUUUAGCUCAUCAGCCAAAAAAUUAGUUGCAGCAGAUGCAGACAGCUACAUGGCAGCAACGACAGACAUGCUGCAAGUGAUCCGAACCCAAGUAGAACAUAACGAAUUAAACACAGCCUUAUUAACACUGGAUGUAGCCGUACGUAAUUUCAAGUACAUUACCAGUCUGAAACCCGUGCUAGCGGGUAAAUCCGAAUUAGCUCAGCUUUAUUUAAAGUGCUACGAAUCCGUCAUCAAGAUCAAACAAAGUCAUUCAUCACCAACGUAUGCAUCUACUGCACAGAUGACAGCCUCUUCAUUGUUACGAAAUUCAUAUACUAUGCAACAUACCUUUUUAGGAUUAUCUAAAGAAACGUUGCAUGCUGCCAUGUAUAUUCGAAUUAUGGCCAAUAUGAUCUGGAUGUUUGGCAAUAUGCUGCUUGCAUUCCAUCAGAGAGUAGUUUUGAUUCAAAAAGAUUUCGGUCAAGAUGAUAAUGCCAACGAGGUCUUGAUUAAUUUGAAAAAAAAUUUAGCAUCAGCUAGCGAAUCACCCACCACGAGUAAAAUGUCGCUACUUCAUUCGUUCAUCACGAGCUUUUUGCCAUUGGAUAUUUGCUUAAAUAACCCCGUCAAACGCACUACUGCAGCGAUUACUCAGCCUUUACCUAAUCCUGAUAAGCCUUACAAAUUUACGUUUCAAUUCCCAGUCAAGAUUCAUAUCGAAGUGGAUAUUUUUAAUUCGUGCGAUACCAAUGCAUUAGCAGUUGAAUUCAUUUUACCGGACCAAUCCUCAUAUAUAUUUUGGCCCGCACCCGGAAGUUAUAAACAAACUACACCUUACUGUUAUAAAUUAUCGACUGAUAUUGAACUUGUAUUGUCUCCCUGGACAGAACCUGGUGUGGUCAUCAUUCGCAUUGUCCAAUCAUUUGAGCCCGAUUUACCCGGAUUGGAUGAAUAUAUGAUGAAAUAUCCAAAUUACUCUUCCUUGACAAAUUCGUCUGAUUCAGCCUUUAAAAUGCCCAUUUCCUCUUCUGUCAUUAGUGAACAUUUGAAAUAUCGUCUCUGUCCGACCACCGCCUAA